GCCUUAUUUCAAUGCAUUGUGAAAGCGACCGCCCCAUGCGAAUAAAGCAGCUCAAGUGUCAUUUGCGGAGUCCGGCGUGUAGGCAGCUGUGUAGUUACUUGUGGUCACAAGUGGAUGGUGGUGACUAUGAUGGUGCGGGCUGGAGGUAUUUUGAAACUAGCAGCCAUCAUCUUCGCGUUCCUCCUCGCCGCCUACUUGGCUUUUCAGCUGCUGGAAGUCAAGAUGGAUUUCAAGCUGGGCAACGUCAUCGUCAAAUCCUUACCAAUGCAUGGAGGCUCGAUCACACCAGUCCGACACAAAUGUGGACUGUCAAAGGCGUGUCCCGAUGGACACUUUGCCUUCAAGAUGGCGAGCGGCGCGGCCAGCGUGGUGGGUCCUAAAAUCUGUCUGGAGGAUAAACUGAUAAUGAGCGGCGUGAAGAAUAACGUUGGAAGAGGAAUCAACAUCGCUCUUGUCAAUGGUAUUAAAGUCCCCUUUUAUGCCACUUGUGUGUUAUCAAUACACAAUAAAAUGUCUCCCGUAGGAAAAACAGGAGAGAUUAACAAGACAGACUCCUUUGACAUGUGGGCAGGAAACGUGGCCCCCCUCAUCCAGUUCUUAAAGGGAAUCCCGGAAGGCACGAUCACCAUGAUGGCGUCUUUUGACGAUCCCUCCACCAAGCUCAACGACGAAGCCCGAAACCUGAUCGCUGAUCUGGGGAGCACGAACAUCAACAACUUGGGCUUCCGGGAUAACUGGGUCUUUGUCGGAGGGAAAGGGAUCAAGACCAAGAGUCCGUUUGAGCAGCACAUCAAGAACAGCGCAGACACAAACAAGUAUGAGGGAUGGCCGGAGGUCCUGGAGAUGGAAGGCUGCGUGCCUCAGAGGACAAACUGAGCCUGGUCCUCUGUCCUUACCCGGACCAGCCGCCUUUUAGCCUUUUAUUCGCCUUCCUCGUUCCAGUGACAGUCAUUAUCACAUUGCCAAUCAUCCAAAAGGCUGCAGGUAGAGCGCACUGAUAAGACGGAACUUGAUUUUUUGGUUUGCUGGAAUCCAAAAACAAAUUUUUAGUCCAGUGUUAUUGCACUGUUGUCGACUCCUGCUCAACUUGCUCACCUUUUCAUUUCGCUACUUUUUUUCUUAUUCCUGACAGAUAUUGUAAUUAAUGAUGUGACAGCUGUGAACUUUGUACAUAUAUUUGCGAGGUAGGGUUAAUGAACAAUGUACAGAAUAAUAUAAUUUCUUUAAAUAAACAAUACGGCCAGUA